AUGCAAAAGCGUUAUCCUUGUCAUUUAAUUACUCAAUCUGUUAUCAAUAUUCCGCAUACUUAGAUAACAGUUGUUAGAAGUAUAUCCCCUUCGUAAUUCGAACUUUAGAAGGUACUAUAAGCAUAUAAUCUAGUUCCGGUAUAUUAUCCGAAUGAUCAAACUAACUGGAAGGAUAAAUAUUAUGAACUUAGACAUCAAUAUUGGCUAUUGGAAGACAAAUUUAGCAAACUAGAAGAUUUAUAAUUUAAACAUAGUAGAUGUGAAGUUGUCAGAGAAAGUGAUUUAAAAUAGAUUAAUGAGCUCUUUACUUAGAGUUAACACGAUAUUAGAUAACUAAAAAACUGUUUAGCCAAAGUUGAUACAUAAAUGAAUGAGGAUUACUAACUUAAAUAUUAAUAGACGAAUCAUCAACUUGAAACUAUCAAAUCUGAAUUCAUUAAAAUGUAAUAAGAACUUCAUUAAUCACUGUAACAAUCCGUUUAAGAAACAUAAAGGAGGUACCCAUAAUAAAUUAACUAAUUAAUUAUCUCUAAUACAGAGCACUAACGUUAAAACGAAUAAUUACUAUUAAUAAAUAAAACCCUACAGUAAUAAAUAGAUACUCUUCAUAUUCGAUACACUGAGUCUUGA